GUACCAGUCUGAUUACUAAAUUCAUCAUUCGUUGUAUUUUAUGCAAUUCGGGGAGUAUGUAGUGACCUUAUUUUCACAGUUUUCGAGUAUUAGGACUAGGUUAAAAUAUAAGAGACACGAUGGGUUACUACAGCUAUACCGUCACGCUUCUAUUGGCUUUGAUUUUCAUCGGAAUAUUUUUUGCGUAUCUUCUGACAGGCCAACUCUACAGACUUGACUUUGGAUGGUUUCUAACGUCAGUCAAUCCAUUCAUGUGGGCCAAUCUUGGUAUAGCUUUCUCUAUUUCACUCUCAGUAGUCGGAGCAGCAUGGGGCAUCUUCACCACAGGUACAAGUAUCCUUGGAGGGGGUGUCAAAGCUCCACGGAUCAGGACAAAAAAUCUUAUCAGUAUCAUUUUCUGCGAGGCGGUGGCCAUCUACGGGAUCAUUCUAGCCAUUGUUAUUUCCAAUCUACUUGAAGAGUAUGAUGAGAACUCUAUAUCCAAGGAGUUGUUACGCAAGAACUAUUUAGCAGGUUACGCCAUGUUCGGAGCUGGCCUGACUGUCGGUUUCUCCAAUCUCUUCUGCGGCAUGUGCGUUGGGAUCGUUGGGAGUGGUGCUGCCCUCGCUGACGCCCAGGACGGAAGCCUCUUUGUCAAGGUUCUCAUUAUCGAGAUCUUUGGUAGCGCCAUUGGACUAUUUGGCGUCAUCAUAGGGAUAUUGCAGUGUAAUAGCUUCAGAUUUGCAAGCAAGUGAGAAGAAACAAACCAAACUUUAACCCCAACUCAACGCUUCCCAACUUAUGUUGUAAGUUUUCUUUGAACAUUUUCAACAAUUUCUUCUAAUUUUGUUCGUCAUUUUCGUUUGACUUCUUGUAGUGGACUUAAGGGUGUUGAACAGUUUUCAAAAGUCCACCUCUUUUUGGUAUUUCUUGCUUCAUGACAGAAAACAUUCCAAGCCUAUUGUGUUAAAUGACUUCUGUAACUGUUUUUUUUUAAAGGAUUUUGGUUCAAAGUAAACACAAAAAUAACAAAAUUAACAAAAUUUAUAUUAUUAUGGAGCUAGGAAUAAUUGUUGACAAAAUGUUGUUAGCGUUUCUGUUAACUGUUUUAGCAAUAAAUGUACAGUCCGCUGUCAAUUGAAAUUAGGGUUUGCUAGAGGAUUUGUUGCAUCCUGUAAAUCUGUUUAAUAAUGUGGAAAUUUUAAUUAUUAGAGCGAAACAGAUAAAAGUAUCAUCAAGUAUUAAUUUCAAUUGUAAUCUCCGAUUAAUAUUGACGGAGAGUUGUAGGAAAUGUGUAUAAAAUUUGUAACAUUGUUUAGAUUCAGAGUAAAGGUAUAAACUGUAUUAAAAAUAUUUCCCUGUCAUUUAUGGUCCGCAAAAAAAGCUAAAUCGGUCAAUUAAUAAUACAAAUUUUAUGGCUAUGAUAGUAGUUUUACACAAACACGGGUGUAUGCUAGGGGUCGAUAUUUAUCAACAUUUUCGCAAGCGCACAAACUGUACACUUUGUUGAGACCAUUCAUUUCUGUAUAAUCACACAGAAGUUACAGGAAACAGAAAGAAAAAUGAAAAUUUAGUUUUGUGUUUGG